AUGCCCAGUAGGAAAUUUGCUGACGGGGAGGUGGUAAGAGGACGGUGGCCUGGAAGUUCGCUUUACUAUGAAGUCGAAAUUCUGAGUCAUGAUAGCGACUCCCAGCUCUACACCGUCAAGUACAAAGAUGGCACUGAACUUGAACUGAAGGAGAAUGAUAUCAAGCCUUUAACUUCCUUUAGACAAAGGAAAAGUGGCUCAACUUCCAGUUCUCCCUCCAGACGCCGAGGGAGUAGGUCAAGGUCACGCUCCCGAUCCCCCGGUCGACCACCUAGAAGUUCCCGCCGAUCUGCCUCUGCUUCGCACCGGGCCGACAUUAAGGAAAUGAGGAAGGAAGUACUGGAAGUGAAGCUGACUCCGCUGGUGUUGAAGCCGUUUGGGAAUAGCAUCAGCAGAUACAACGGGGAGCCCGAGCGCACAGAGAGGGAUGGCCUGCCUCACAGAAACACUGAGGAAAAAUUCCAUUUGUCGGAAGAAAGUAGUUACAUAACUACACAGUAUGGCCUUUGGCCAAGAAGAGAGGAGAUCAAAUUAAAAGACAUAGAUUCUAAAGAAGAAAACAUUGUUGCAACAAAAGGGUCUACAUUAUUGAAAACCUCUGAAGGGCCAGCCCUGCAGACCAAGGGCCUGGAGUUCGGCGGAGUCCCUGGUGUGCUUCUCAUCAUGCUUGGCCUGCCUGCCUUCCUCUUCCUCUUGCUGUUGAUGUGCAAACAGGAAGAGCCCAGUCUUCUGAAUUUCCCGCCUCCUUUGCCAGCUUUGUCUGAUUUGUGGGAAACCAGAAUGUUUGGGGUCUACCUCCUCUGGUUUUUGCUUCAGGCUCUGUUCUACUUACUGCCAGUCGGGAAGGUUGUGGAAGGCAUGCCUCUUACUGAUGGAAGAAGACUCAAGUAUAGAUUGAAUGGGUUCUACGCUCUCCUGCUGACGGCCGUGGCCGUCGGGGCAGCCAUGUUCUGGGGCGUGCCGCUGCUCUUCGUGCACAAGCACUUCCUGCAGCUGGUGCUGGCUGCCUUUGCCUUCGCCGUGGCCCUCAGCGCCUACCUGGCCGUGCGUGCUGCGGGGGCGCCCCCGGCUGCCCUGGCCCCCGCCAGCUCUGGAAAUGCCAUCUAUGAUUUCUUCAUUGGCCGUGAACUUAAUCCUCGGAUUGGUACUUUUGAUCUCAAAUACUUUUGUGAAUUGCGCCCCGGAUUGAUCGGAUGGGUGGUUGUGAACUUGGUGAUGCUUUUGGCUGAGAUGAAGCUACAGAAUCGAGCUGCUCCAUCCUUGGCGAUGAUUUUGGUUAAUAGUUUCCAGCUCUUGUACGUGGUGGAUGCUCUCUGGAACGAGGAAGCAUUGUUGACGACCAUGGACAUCACCCACGAUGGGUUUGGAUUCAUGCUGGCUUUUGGAGACUUAGUGUGGGUUCCCUUUAUCUACAGCUUUCAAGCCUUUUAUCUCGUCAGCCAUCCCAAUGAAGUGUCCUGGCCUAUGGCCUCUCUAAUUAUUGCUCUGAAACUUUGUGGAUACGUAAUCUUCCGAUGUGCAAAUUCUGAGAAAAAUGCAUUCCGGAAAAAUCCCAGUGAUCCAAAGCUUGCACAUUUAAAAACCAUCCAUACUUCAACCGGAAAAAAUCUUCUAGUUUCUGGAUGGUGGGGCUUCGUUCGUCACCCCAAUUACUUGGGUGAUCUCAUCAUGGCCUUGGCGUGGUCCCUCCCCUGUGGUUUUAAGCACAUUCUGCCCUAUUUCUACGUGAUCUACUUUGCCUUGCUGCUGCUUCACCGCGAGGCGCGUGAUGAGCGCCAGUGCCGGAUGAAGUAUGGCCGGGCCUGGGAGCAGUACUGCCGACGCGUGCCCUACCGCAUCGUCCCCUACGUCUACUAGCCCUUCACUGGGGCCCGGAUGGCGUCUUACUUCUCUGGUCAGGACUGCGGGGCCAAGUGGCCUCUUCACCUUGCCAUGUUUAUUGUUAUUAAAUCACAAC